AUGAGUACCGCCCAUCGCCUCCUCCUCGCCCUGUUCCUCCUAACUGCCACGUGUCAAUGCCUCUCUGUCCGAUGUAGCACGGGAGAGUAUCAUUCGUCAUCUGACCUUCACCCCGUGUACGAUCCGUGUCCUUUCACCCCGCCCACAGAUGUCCGCCCUAGUAAUGCGCCGAGCGGCAGUGGUGGAAGCGGCGGCAACGCCGGUGACGGUGGCAGCGGUCUCUAUAUCGUGCGCCUUCGCUCCGCGCCCCCCCUCGCCGCGUAUCGCGGAGCCGUCGCCCGCUUUCCCGGCGGCUGGGCGGACGACAACGAUGACGACGAGAAUAACGACAGCGCUGCCCGCCCAGCAGGUCUGAUGGCGACAGCGAAGGCGGUGGCCGCAGCGGUGAAGGCAACGGCUGGCAGAAUUCCGCGGCGCGCGCGACUCUCCUUGAAGAACCCGCAGAUUAAGGCGUACGCGCAGAUGCUCGAGUCGCAGCAGACGCGGAUCGCGUCGGAAGUCGGUGUGGCGUGGAACAAGAUGGUUCACAGCUACAAGCGAAUAUCACAACAGGGCGACAGAACACCCUUCCCUUCCCUUCCCUCCUCCCCCCACCCCCCGCAGCUACAAGCGAAUCUCACAACAGGGCGACAGAACACCCUUCCCUUCCCUUCCCUCCUCCCCCCACCCCCCGCAGCUACAAGCGAAUCUCACAACAGGGCGACAGAACACCCUUCCCUUCCCUUCCCUCCUCCCCCCACCCCCCGCAGCUACAAGCGAAUCUCACAACAGGGUGACAGAACACCCUUCCCUUCCCUUCCCUCCUCCCCCCACCCCCCGCAGCUACAAGCGAAUCUCACAACAGGCUACAAGCGAAUCUCACAACAGGGUGACAGAACACCCUUCCCUUCCCUUCCCUCCUCCCCCCACCCCCCGCAGCUACAAGCGAAUCUCACAACAGGGCAACAGAACACCCUUCCCUUCCCUUCCCUCCUCCCCCCACCCCCCGCAGCUACAAGCGAAUCUCACAACAGGGCGACAGAGCACCCUUCCCUUCCCUUCCCUCCUCCCCCCACCCCCUGCAGCUACAAGCGAAUCUCACAACAGGGCGACAGAACACCCUUCCCUUCCCUUCCCUCCUCCCCCCACCCCCCGCAGCUACAAGCGAAUCUCACAACAGGGCGACAGAACACCCUUCCCUUCCCUUCCCUCCUCCCCCCACCCCCCGCAGCUACAAGCGAAUCUCACAACAGGGCGACAGAACACCCUUCCCUUCCCUUCCCUCCUCCCCCCACCCCCCGCAGCUACAAGCGAAUCUCACAACAGGGUGACAGAACACCCUUCCCUUCCCUUCCCUCCUCCCCCCACCCCCCGCAGCUACAAGCGAAUCUCACAACAGGCUACAAGCGAAUCUCACAACAGGGCGACAGAGCACCCUUCCCUUCCCUUCCCUCCUCCCCCCACCCCCUGCAGCUACAAGCGAAUCUCACAACAGGGCGACAGAACACCCUUCCCUUCCCUUCCCUCCUCCCCCCACCCCCCGCAGCUACAAGCGAAUCUCACAACAGGGCGACAGAGCACCCUUCCCUUCCCUUCCCUCCUCCCCCCACCCCCCGCAGCUACAAGCGAAUCUCACAACAGGGCGACAGAGCACCCUUCCCUUCCCUUCCCUCCUCCCCCCACCCCCCGCAGCUACAAGCACACGUCCAACAGCUUUUGCGAUGCUCACGCCGGCGGGCCAGCUCAUGUGCGCACCUUUGUCCCUCCACCUUCCCCCCUCCACCUUCUCCCCUCCCACUUCCCCCCCUCCCCCUGCCCCUCCCUCACCCCCCCAGCUACAAGCACACGUCCAACGGCUUCUCCGCCAUGUUCACGCCGGGGAAGCUUUGGCGGCUGAAGCGCCACCCCGCCGUGGCGUCCGUGCGGCGGAGCACACUCAAGCGCCUCCUCACCACCGACUCGCCCACCUUCCUCGUAAUGAACACCGCAUCCUCUGGCACCACCAGGUCGCUCUGGCCCGCGAAUGGCGGGCAGGCGAAGGCGGGAGACGGCAUGGUGAUUGCGAUUGCGGACUCGGGCAUCUGGCCGGAACACCCGUCGUUCAGCGAUAAAGGGUUCUCCUCGUCGGGGAACGCCCAUGGGUUGGAUCUGUCCGCUGAUUGGCUGUCGCCCCGUGAUGCCUACGGUCACGGCACGUGGUGCGCGGGAGCGGCAGCGGGAAACAGUGGAGUGCCCAUGGCGGGCGGCACGGCGAGCGGCAUGGCGCCAGCAGCGCGCCUCGUGGCGUACAAGGUCUUGUGGUCGUCCAGCCGGGGUGGAGACAGUCGGGCGGAGGAGGCGGGCAUCAUCGCAGCCGUCAAUCAGGGCGUGGCGGACGGCGUGGAUGUGAUCUCGCUCUCCCUGGGCGUCGUGAACCCCACCGACACCUACUUUGACAACAUCGCCUUCCUCAACGCCAACCUGGUAAGUCCUUCUCCCCUCCCUGAUCCCCUGUUUUCUCUCCUUGGCUCUCCCGACCUCUUUUCACAUCCCACCUACUUCGACGACAUCGCCUUCCUCAACGCCAACCUGGCUGGGGUGGUCGUGACCUUUGCUGGGGGCAACUCGGGCAGCCCUGGGUUUGCCACUCGCACGAUCGACAACUACGCACCCUUCUACCUCACAGUCGGCGCCAGUGCCUCCAUCGCCACACAUUCAUCUCAUUUUGAGUUGGUGUUAGAAAGAACACAGGCUGGUAUGUUAGCAUUGCUUUCAUCCUGCCACCCCCUUAUCUCCCCGCAUUACCACCAUGUUCCCCCCAUAUCCCCCCACCCCAACCUCCUCCCACGGUCUCCCCAACCUCCCCGCGUAUCCUCCUGGCCAAUUCCCCCUAAACGUCCCCGCAUCUCCCUGCACCACUCCCCACUCCUCCCCACUCCUCCCUACUCCCCGCUCCUCCCUAUUCCUCCCCACUCCUCCCCACUCCUCCCUAUUCCUCCCCUCUCCUCCCCACUCCUCCCCACUCCUCUCUAUUCCUCCCCUCUCCUCCCCACUCCUCCCCACUCCUCCCUAUUCCUCCCCUCUCCUCCCCACUCCUCCCCACUCCUCCCUAUUCCUCCCCACUCCUCCCCUCUCCUCCCCACUCCUCCCCUCUCCUCCCCACUCCUCCCCACUCCUCCCCACUCCUCCCUAUUCCUCCCCACUCCUCCCCACUCCUCCCUAUUCCUCCCCUCUCCUCCCCACUCCUCCCCACUCCUCCCCACUCCUCCCUAUUCCUCCCCUCUCCUCCCCAAUCCUCCCACAGCACCAUCGCCCGGAGCGGCAUCAUUCUCGCCAGCUCAGCAGACGUCACCCUCCGCCACACCAUCAUCGACCAAUCAGACGUCACCCUCCGCCACACCAUCAUCCACCAAUCAGACGUCACCCGCCGCCACACCCGCCGCCACACCCUCACCCGGCGAAUCCGCCCCAAAGGUCGCCGAUUUCUCCUCCACGGGCCCCCUCGCCUUCCCGACUGCCGGCCCCAGCAACGGCCAUGCGAACGACUGCAUCUUAAAGCCCGACAUUCUCGGCCCGGGAGUGGAUCUCUACGCUGCUGCACCAGGCACCCGCGUGGGAAACAAGGGCGGGUCCAAUCAGGUCUCUGGAAUUUCCAUGGCGACGCCUCACCUGGCGGGGAUCGCUGCGCUGGUGAUGCAGAAGUACCCUUCUUGGAGCCCCGCGCAGGUCAUGUCUGCAAUCAUGACCACCGCCACCACCAAGGAUGUCAACGGCGCUGCCAUCUCUAGUAAACGCACCAAGAUAGCCACCACGCCGUGGGAUAUGGGCAACGGGCAUGUGUUCCCACCCAAGGCUCUCGACCCUGGGCUCACAUUUGACGCUCAGAAGAGCGAGUAUCUGAAUUUUCUGGCCGGGCUGGACAUGAAGAGGACCUGGGCAGAGUACCCAAAAGAAAAGCUCACUGCUGUGCCGCCUAGAGAUCUCAACCGCCCCACCAUUUCAGUGGCGCCCCUCAAAGGCUCGAUCACAGUCACACGCACGGUCACCAGUGUGCCUGACUCUGCCUCCACUUACACUGCCAAGGUUGAGAAGCCUCAAGGGGUGGAGGUGACUGUGAAGCCCAGCAGAUUCACCAUCUCGCCUGGUAAGAAGGUCCGCUUUGUGGUGACCUUCAAGGUUACUCGGGCCUCGGAGGACUUUCAGUAUGGGAGCCUCACUUGGGUGGAUGAGAAGGGUCACUCUGUUCGGUCGGCGAUUGCAGUCAAGCCUGUCGGGAAGUGA